GAAGAGUCGAACCUGUGCGAAUGAAUGCGCCAAAUGACUGGCGGUAUUGUCCUGCUGCCAGGCACUGAGAUUUCGCCGGAUGCUGCUCUCCAAGACCCUCAGUGGGAUUUAGAGGUCCUCAUGGCAGCAGCCCAAUGGGCGUUGCGCCUGAUGCGGCGCAGCCUGCUGGGCUGGUUGCAGCUCAGCCUUCGGUGCCGGAACUUGCGAGCACGCAGCGUGGGUUUAGCCGAACACGUUGUUUCUGCAACGCGCAGGAGAACUCUCCAGCGCUGGAAGCUGGCGGCCAGAGCAGAGGCACGGUACCGAAGUCUUGCACAGCAGAUGCCGAAAGCGCUGAUUUCGCUCCUGAGACUUUGGAAUCAAACAGCUAGGCUUCACGGAAAGCUUCACAGGCUUCAGAGGACAUGCGGAGUGCGCGAGAGAAAGGCAGUUCUAGACGCUUGGAAACUGAAGACAGCACAAACUGCCAGACAAUGGAGGUGUUUGGCGCUGCAACAGCUCAAACUCGUAGCCAGAAUUCGCUCUAAGGUGCUGGCAGCCUGGCGCGCGCAAGCGUCUCUUGCAGCUGGCCUUCGCCGUUUGCGCUUGCAGCGCUUGCAGCGCUUGCAGCGCUUUGCGCUCACACGCUUUGAAGCCUUGGGCGCCUGGCGCCAGCUUUCACGGCUCUGGCGACGGACACGGCUGGAGAUGAAAACGUACAAGAGAUCUAUGCUUUCAACUUUGAGUCACUGGAAGUGGCUGGUGUCGGCAGAGGCUUCCUUGAGAGCGUUAUCGUGCAUGCAGGCUAAACAAGCAGUGCGUUCAUCCUUUUCGUGCUGGCGGCUGCGACACCGUGCGAGUCUGAAGCAAACGCAAAUGCGGACACAAAUGACCGGGCGGUGCCAGCAAGACUUGGUGGCAUCGGUGCGCCGCUGGCAUUGCUUGGUGCUGAGACGGCUGAUGGCUAGCACGCACUUUUAUUGCCUUCAAGCAAUGAUGCGGCUGUGGCACCAGGUGAUGAAGCUUAGCCGUGUCAGCCGGGCAUCCAAGAAGCAGACUGUGUCUGAUGCAUUCACGCUGUGGCGCUGCUUAACGAUGCGAGAGAUCGCAAGAAGGACUCAAAGCAAAGAACUCAUCACCCUGGCCGCCUAUUCGGGGGAUGGUGACAGUUCUAUGGAGGUCUCUGACUUGUUGGAAGUGUCAGCCACCACAUACGCAACGAACAGUGGCAGGGACACGUCUGGAGAGCAAUGUGACACGGCAAGCGCCCCUGCUGCACUGGAUAUUAACCGCAGCUUGUCAGAUCUCAGUGGGCUGUCAGUGCACAGCCCAGAGCCGCAGCCUUUCGGAGCUUCACCAGAGCCGACAGCUUUCGAGGUAUCUCCUAUUCCAUUUUCCCCGUUUUCCAAGGUCUCACCAAGGUCCAGGUCUUUGGCGAUUCCAAGCCCAGCUCGCUCCCGACAGCCCACUCCUGACCGCAGUGACGGAUGUGACGGAUGUGACGGCACCGAUUGGUGCACCCCAGUGACGCCGGUGAGCCGGGGCGCGAAGCUGCCUGAUGCAGCGUCAGGAUGCAAGCACUGUGAGGCCAAACCCGGCCAUGGCCCUGACCAUUGGAAAAGUGAGGCAAAGAUGGUUCAAGCGGAACUAUGGCAAACUGAGAGGAACGAGCGGUGUCUCAUUGAAGCCAUGCGCUGUUGGCUUUCCCAAUGUCUUCAGCGACGCCUUCAAAUCCUGGCAGUGCAGCAAGCACAUGUUGGCGCUUGCCGACGACACUUAUCCUCAUGGCGGCAGCUUUGCACAUGCCUGCGACAUCGCCAGUCAUGUCUUUUGCGAUGUUCUUGGGAACACUGGCAGCAGCUUCUCAAGCAGUGUCGAUUGCGCACAUCUGUGGCAGAGGAACGUGCCAAGCAGCACCGUCUCGUCCGAAUCUGGCGCUGCUGGCGAAUGGCAGCGAACAUCUUUCACUUGGCUGUUGGUCAAAGCCAGUGGAAAUGCCACAACAUCGAGUGCCAGAUGAAGAUAGAGCUUCUUUGCGCGUGGCGGUUUCUUAUUCUGGUCAAGAAGCAACAGUCUUUCCACCUCAACCGAGAGCUGAGCUUGAUGGCAAGCUGCCACUCUGCUUGGCGAUGCUACAGCAGACGGAUGGGCCGAGCAGUGAAGCUGCUUCGCCGAGUGUCGCUGCGAGCGUCACUCCGAGAGAUCUGGCGUUUAUGGCAGCACUUCAGGUUGACUUCAAAGUUGCUGACCAGAAUGGUACAGCUUCUUGAAGCUGAUGUUGAUGACAGUUCUCCCCUUUCGAGACGAGAGGCGCUGCGGCGUUGGGCUGCCUUUGAAGGGCAAGCCAUGGACGCAACAGGCAACAGACCAGUUGAGCUCUUUGUACUGAAGCGCAUGCGCAACGUGCAGCGCUUGGCCGGCACCAUGCAGCUGAAUGGACGGAGGCAUGCGCGGCUGCUGAGCCAGCUGCUGCACUGCUGGCGGAAGGUUUGCCUGGUGCACGCUGUCCAGCUGCGGAGUGUGCAACACCAGAUCGAGGACUUGAACCGCGCUUUCAGCUUCUGGAUUGUGGGAAUUCGGCUGAUGAAGAGCUUGCAGCUGCAGAUGUACAAACACAGGCGAGGCGUUCUUUGUCGUGCUUUGGCCUGCUGGAUGCAUUGGCAAGGCAGGCAGCACGCUUCUCAACAAGUUCGAGAGGCGUCCAAAGUCCGGACAAUUGGCAAAACUCUGCAACCCUGGCGUUUUCUGCAGCUUGCUGUGACACGCAAUCGCACCGGGACCUUCACCAAAGAUGCGACUGCCGGAACACUGCUUGCUUGGCGAGCAGGCGUUCGAAUCUCAAGGCAGCAACGACAGCUUUUGUGGCCAUUGUUGGGAUGGCGCACACUGGCCAAGCGCGCCUGUCGCAAGAGGCUUCGGUGUAUUCUGCGCUCCUGGCUUGGAUGCAGCGCCGGUCGAGCUGCGGUGCUGAGGAAUGCCCUGAGUGGCUGGCAAGCUGCUGUAACGGAUACGCGGCGACUACGUAUGCUGUCCUGCUUCACGCAAUGGCAACGCCAUUAUGGGGCCAAGUGCCUGGCAGCUCAGUGCAGCAAGCGCCUGAGGAUAGCUCAGCUGAUGGCUACCAUGAAUGCCUGGCAGAGAAUCAUCAGUCGCCACCAGGCACAACAGCAAUUGCAGACGCUGCAUUGUGGUCGCGAAGCAACUCAGGUCCUGCGCUCAUGGAGCUCACUUCAGCGGAGCCUCUUUGCAAGGAAGCUGCUUUGGAAUCAGCUUUUGCGAGCUACUUGCAGCCUUUGGAGACUCUGUGCUACUCUUUCGCAUGCUGAACAUAGCGGUCUUCAGCGCGCUCUGAACUUCUGGCGAGCCGCUUUGUUGAUGGUCCACCUGCAGCUCAUGCAACUCUGCAUUUGUGCUUGGCGCGCUUGCAGCCUCGCUGGGCGUGUGCAGCAUCACCGCUUGAGGCAGAUGUUUCGUACUUGGAUUGCUUUCCAACAGCAAUCCAGGCAGUGUCGGGUCAGCAGCUGCUUUACCCACUGGCGUAUGCUGACCUACGUGCUGCAUUCACGAAGUAACCUGGUGGGCUUGGUUUGGACUUUCUGGCUGCAAUCGCUGGCAGAUACAGCCGCUACCAUAAGAAAGUUCCAAUUGCAUCAACACCUCCAAGCCUGGCAGCGAGCCUGUUGGGGCCAGAAAGCAGAGAGAGCUUUGUGCAAGCGGGCCAUGCGGGCCUGGCUUCGAGCAGUAGUUGCUGCUCAUGUCGCACAUUCGAAGAUGAUGCGAAGGAGCCUAUUUCUUUGGCAUGUUGAAAGAUGUACGACAAAGGUUUUUGACAGCACCUGGUCACAGUGGUGGCUGGCUGUCAAAGCCUGGAAGCGGCAGCGGCUGCGGCGGUGUUUGCGACUUUGGCGCACCUGCCUGAGCAGGGAGCUGGCCGCUUUCCUGGGGGCCUGGAGGGUGCAAGUGUCAAUUGCACGCGUGCCACGAGUCUUCCAUGCUUGGCGGGCUGCCGUACUUCUCAGACGAGCCUGCAGGAUGGUCCUUGCCUUUGGCCUGCAGUGGUGGCACUUGGUGUCAAGACGUGAAAGGUCCUCCAAAUGCACAUUCUGGGCAUGCUGGAUUGCGCUGCUUGAGGCAGAAAGACAUAUGCGCUUGCGGCACGCCAUGACUUCCUGGCGAUUUGUCCUGGGAUUGAGAAGGUUGCGCUGCUACAUACUACGCGAGGUGUUUGGCUUCUGGGUGUCCGCAAGAGAAGUCAGGAUGAGAUUGGAGCGCAAGAUGCAGAGGUUUUGGCAGUCUUGUGAGAGAGGAAUGGUCAUGGCAGCAGCAGUUGCCUCGAGAUCUGUUGCAGACGUUUUUCAGGCGUGGAGGUUCUGUGGUCGGAUUGCGCUGGUGCGUCGUGAAUUCUUUGCCAAGACUCUGCAGGAAUCACACCAAAGACCGAUUCGACUUGCCUUCGACAGCUUCAAGAUGGCCCACAUGCAACGUCGAGUGAUCGUAUCAUCACCGCCUGUGAUGUCUUUCAGAUUGGACAGCAGAAUGGCAAGCCCUUCAAGGCGGCCACUAGUUGAGAAGCUGCAGCUGAAGCAGCUUCGGGCUACAAUGGCCACUGUGAUGGAGGCGUGGUUGCAGGAGCUCAAAGCCAACAAACGCCGACAGGUUGGCUUGCUGCAGCUGCAUCGGCUGGUUUUAUCGAGGGGCUUUUUGCCCUUACAAGUGCAAGGCGGGUCGUGCUUGCCCUCGCCCUUGGCAAAGGGCGUAGCAGGCACCGAACCCUGCAAACUUCAUCGUUUGGGUGCCGCCCUGCUGCGGAGCUGGCAUGCAGCUGCCAGGAGGUCCUUUCUCUCAGCAUGGAUGUUGCGGUGGCGCUGCAGUGCAGCCGGCAAGUCGCUCUGUCACAAGACACAAGCCACUGCACUGCUGGCAGAAGUGGGGGCCAUGCCCCAAAUUGAGCAGCGACGCGAAGACCUUGUGUUGUCCUUCUGGGCAAGGAGGCCAGUGGGCCAAAUCAAUCCACCGGUGAUUCCUGCGCGGUUAGAUCAUGAAGGUCCUGCAACUGGGAAGAGCUCCGUGCUCCUCCAGGAGCCAGCGGGACACGAUGACUGACCUGGGCGGCAGACUUGCUAACCAAUAAGGGCUGUUUUUUUUCUUGU